AUGUCCGCUAAGCUCCUGCUGGUUUUCUUCCUCCUCUCAGUGUUCCACGCCCGUUCCAGAAAGGUUGAAGAGGAUGAAUAUGAAGAUGGAACAACCAACCAAAAAUGGGUUUUAGCUCCAAAAACACAAGACACAGAUGUGACCUUGAUACUAAACAAGCUGUUGAGAGAGUAUGACAAAAAACUACGGCCAGAUAUUGGAUUAAAACCAACAGUUAUUGAUGUUGACAUUUAUGUCAACAGCAUUGGUCCUGUAUCAUCAAUAAAUAUGGAAUAUCAAAUUGAUAUAUUUUUUGCUCAGACGUGGACAGACAGCCGUCUUCGCUUCAACAGCACCAUGAAAAUUCUGACUCUAAACAGCAAUAUGGUUGGUUUGAUCUGGAUCCCAGACACAAUAUUUCGGAACUCCAAGACAGCAGAAGCACACUGGAUCACCACCCCAAACCAGCUCCUCCGAAUAUGGAAUGAUGGCAAGAUCCUGUACACCCUCAGGCUUACCAUCAAUGCUGAGUGCCAGCUGCAGCUACACAAUUUCCCAAUGGAUGAACACUCAUGUCCGCUGAUAUUCUCAAGCUAUGGCUAUCCUAAAGAAGAAAUGAUUUACAGAUGGAGAAAAAACUCAGUGGAAGCUGCUGACCAGAAAUCUUGGAGACUCUAUCAGUUUGACUUUAUGGGUCUCAGAAAUACUUCAGAAAUUGUGAACACCUCUGCAGGUGAUUAUGUAGUCAUGACUAUAUACUUCGACUUAAGUAGAAGAAUGGGAUACUUCACUAUUCAAACAUACAUUCCCUGUAUAUUAACUGUUGUACUUUCCUGGGUGUCCUUUUGGAUUAAAAAAGAUGCCACACCAGCAAGAACAGCAUUAGGGAUUACUACAGUAUUGACCAUGACAACUUUGAGCACCAUUGCAAGAAAGUCAUUACCCCGUGUCUCCUAUGUCACCGCUAUGGAUUUGUUUGUGACUGUAUGCUUUCUAUUUGUAUUUGCUGCUCUGAUGGAGUACGCAACGCUCAACUACUACUCCAGUUGCAGGAAACCAAACUGUACUAAGAAGAAAAAGUCGCUACCUGAUGUCAGUUUUGGUCAUGUGAUGAAUUAUUCUGUACUUGAUAUGAGACCACCAACUACAGUCAUCACAUUGAACAAUGCCAUGUAUUGGCAAGAAUUUGAAGAGGCAUGUGUCUAUGAAUGUCUGGAUGGGAAAGACUGCCAGAGUUUUUUCUGUUGUUAUGAAGAAUGUAAAUCAGGCUCAUGGAGGAGAGGACGGAUUCACAUAGACAUCUUAGAAUUGGACUCUUACUCUAGGGUCUUUUUUCCUACGUCCUUCCUGCUCUUUAACCUGGUCUACUGGGUUGGAUACCUCUAUCUUUAAAAGUUGCCUGUAGUGGUGAAGACUGCUAUGUUUUCACACUGAGGAGAGAUGGUGAAAGUGCAGCAAAAGUGAAGGACAUGGUCAGUUUCAUCUCAAAUUAUAAAGGCCACA